AUGGCAAGCAGUCAAUUCCCAGUGGCCGUAAUUGGUAUCGGUGUCAGGUUACCUGGCGCUCAGAAUUGCGAGGAGUUUUGGAAGCUAAUGAUUGAUGGUAAAGAUACUGUUGACGAAUUUCCCAAAGAGCGGGCUGAUGAUAUUGACCACGUUCUUUCAUCAUUCCGUGGUCAAUUGGUAGACGAAGACAAACCAUUUUUCACUGGUUCUUUCUUUAAAUCUGUUGACCAAUUCGAUCCUGACCUGUUCCAGAUUAAUCCAAGAGAAGCAUUGUUUAUUGAACCAGAACAAAGAUUCUUUUUAGAAGUAGUGUGGGAGUUGCUAGAAGAUGCAGGAUACGCUUCAAAAAUCAAGGGCACCAAUACAGGAGUGUAUGUUGGCAAUACAGUUAACAAAUACAAGUACAUCCUCAAUGAAAACCAUCCUAGUAUUUCACAUGGUAACCAUUCACCCUUCAUUUCCUCUCGCGUGUCCUUUACCCACGACUUACAUGGUCCAGCAAUGAUGGUAGCUACUGGUUGUUCUUCAUCGUUAUUAGCAGUCCAUUUGGCUUGUCAAGGUCUACUAUCUGGUGAUUGUGAAAUGGCUGUAGCUGGUGGCAUUACUCUGGAUCUUCUACCAAUCAGUGCUAAAACAGACAUAUGGAACCAGCUUGGAAUAACAGGACCUCAUGUUAAAUGUAGAGCUUUCGAUGCCUCUGCUAAAGGCAUUGCCAAAGGAGAAGGAUGUGGUGUUGUUUUAUUGAAGCCUCUGAAGAAGGCAAUCGAAGAUGGGGAUCAUAUUUAUGGAAUACUGGAAGCUACCACAGCCAAUCAAGAUGGUCAUUCCAAUGGUAUAACGGCACCGCAUCCUGUUGCUCAAGCCAAUAUGUUACACCAAGCAUGGAAACUGGCUGACAUUACACCAGACUCUUUAGGAUUCUUUGAAGCUCAUGGAACCGGAACAGAACUGGGAGACCCCAUAGAAAUAUCAGGAAUUACCAAUGCUUUUAAAAUGUCUGGAGUAAAAAUACCACAAGAGGCUGAUCAUAAAAUUCCAAUCGGAUCAGUUAAAGCAAAUAUUGGUCAUCUUGCUGAUGGAGCUGCUGGGGUUGUCGGCCUAAUCAAAUCUUUAUUAUGCCUCCAUCACAAUAGCAUUCCAGGCGCAAUAAACUUUACUAAUCCUAAUCCACAUAUCAACUGGAAAAAGUCACCCGUGGUUGUGAAUUCAGAAACAAAGGAGUGGCUUCCAUCUUCUAAAUCACCAAGAUAUGCCAGUGUCAGUGCAUUUGGUUUACUGGGCACAAAUAUCCACGCUGUUGUAAAGGAAUACAAACCACCU